AUGUUCGCGGCAUGGUUACCACACGCCCCGCCCCUUUUCGCAGGAGCACCGCAUGGUGCCCAUGAGAUGUCAGACGAAAAGGUGAAAGUUGUGAACAAAUGGGAUGGCCCAACGGUCAAAAAUGCCAUCGAUGAAGUCGUCAAGAAGAUUCUGAACGACAAAGUUGGAUGGUCGGAAUCGCAUAAUCUGAUGAAUAUCCGACUCGUCAUCUCAUUCAUCGGCGUCGCUUUCUCUCUUUUCGCUUGCGGAUACGACUACUAUGAACCAUUCCCGAAAAGCAAGAUUAUCCUUCUCGUCUGCUCGAUCUCCUACUUCAUCUGUAUGGGAAUUCUCCAAUUAUUCCAAUGGUACGUCGAGAAAGAUUGCAUCUACGAGGCCACUGAAGUCGACGGAAAACAAACGAGAAAAUGGGCGUGGAGUUCGGAAAUCAAGGCGCACGACGACAAAUACACUCUCUCGGCUGAAUUCAAGAAGGAGGGAAGAUCUGGACAAGGGAAAAUCAUCAAAUCGAUUGGAGCAUACAUUGAUAAUGACGGAGAGAUCAUCGUACCAUUGGUCAAGAAAGAAGUCGACGAUUUGUACGCCCGAUUGAUCCGUUCCGAACAAUAA